ACGUGAACACUGUAAACUGUCGAAAGCUUCGGUUUCUGAGAGUGACGCUACUUUAAACAGAAGGUAUCCUGCACCCACUAAACAGAGCAACUUAAUUUAUGUAGUAAUGGCACAUUUCUGCAAGGGGCCAGGGUACCAUAGAAAUUACGUGCAUCCAAAGGAGCGUGGGCAGCAGCUUGAGGGAGGUGAUUGUGCCCUUCUGCUCUGCUCUUGUGAGACCUCACCUGGAGUGCUGCUUACAGUUCUGGUGUCCCCAGCACAGAAGGGACGUGGAGCUAUUGGAGCAAGCCCAGAGGAGGCCACAAAAUCGGUAAGAGAACUGGAGCCCCCCUACUGUGAAGACAGGCUGAGAACAUUGGGGCUGUUCAGCCCGGAGCAUUGAAGAUUGCAUGGAGACCUCACAGCAUGUUCAAUAUCUGAAGGGAGCUACAAGGAAACCAGAGAGGGACUCUUCGUCGGGAACUGUAGAGGUAAAUUGACACGAUGUUGAGCAACAAGUCUAAUGAGGUGCCUCUACAAAAUCCAAGGCAUAACCAAAGCAAGGAUUCUACCAGAGAUCUAACUGCAGCAUGGGCUUCUUUUUCUCAGACUAAGGCUGCUCUACGUCAUAUAGAGAACAAAUUGGAAAUAGCUCCCACUACCACAGCUGUGUUCGAUUCAGUCAUGGAUGCCAAGAAGCCCUCUGCUAGUGCCAGCAGGAAAAGCAGCAGGAAGGGUUCCCGGUCCUCCAGCCAAAAUAAAUCGAGCAAGGAGAAGUCCUCACGCAGCCCUCUUCGAGCAACCACUCUGGAAAGCAACGUGAAAAAAUGCACUCGUGUGGAAUUUCGUGAACCAUUGGCUUCAUACAGUUCUAGCCAGCUUGAGGCCAAGCAACUGCUGUCUGGUUUGGACCUGGGCGAAGCAGAAGGGAAGAGUGAACUCCCAGCCCAUCUGGCACACGAGCGGGAUGAGCAGGAUCAGCACAGCAGAGGCUUUGAGAGCCCCUUCCCUUCUGCUGCGGACGAGACCGUCGUGAGGUACCUGAAUGACCGGCCAACAAUUGAUGCCUUGCAGAAUAAUGAGGCAUUUCUUAGGGUUGCAGCACCUCCAAGACUGGAAGAGGAAAAAGCCAGUGGCUCCAGGGGAGAUGAGAGUAGCACUAGAGCUUCUCAGAGUAACGCAUCCCAGGACAGUGAACUGAAAGUGUCUUCCCCUUCUGCCACGAGUAUUUGCAGUGCUCAUAGGCUGGAAAUCCUGAAACAGCGGCAGCACGAUGCCAAGUUGGAGAAGCUGAAGGAGAGGAUCCGAAAGCAGUGGGAACAUUCUGAGGAGCUCAGUGGCAGAGGACAGCACUUGGGAUAUGCUGAGCAACCUGUCGUGGUCACUAACACAGAGAACACGGUGACUCCCAAGGUCAGGAAGGUGACAGCUGUACCUGCUGCUCCAUCAUACAGAGGUUUCAAUCCUGCUGAAACAGGGAUUCGCGCUCCAGAUGGAAAGAUCUGGCGUGCGGACGAGUUUCGUAUCAGUCGGGAGCUUUACAGAGAUAUUGCACUCCAGUUAAAAGAGGGUUCAACAGUGAAAGGAAAAUCUAGUGAGAGAAACAAAGAGAAGAAAGCAACCAGACCAGUGCGGAAAGUGCAAAAACUGACACGGUUGUCAAGUCCAGAGUCCAAACAAGGUGGAAACUGUGUGAUAAGUGCAUCCUCCUGGCGGGAGGGACAAAAGCUGGUAAAAAAGAUCCUGGGUCCAGCUCCCAGAAUAGAACAGGACAGAAGAGCUGUAUCCAGUGACAGAACAGGCCGAGAGAGAGCUGCCAAGUCUGCAGGCUGCAUUGGAAGGACAGGUUCUGAUUCUAGACUGGAUGUUACCCGUAAAAGCUCUUCAAGAAGUUCUGAAAGGUCAAGAAGUAGAGUACGGUCUGAGACCAAUCUGAGAAAACUGGAAGCUCCUCUUCCAGGUGAUAACCAAGAAGACCAUGCCUCUGUAAAGAAGGACUUCCUGCCCGUGGAGAUACGUGGAAUUCUUGAUGACCUGCAGUUGGAUUCCAUGAGUACAAAGCAAGAGACAGAUGUGGAAAAGCAGAAUCAAAAAUCUGUUUUGCCUACUCAAAAUAUGAGGAGCCACAGUCCAACCAAAAGGAAACCGGACAAGGUAGCUGCCAGUGAGGAGCCUCAGGUGAUCUCUAAGAAACGCCACUAUGACAGUGACGAGGUUCGUCAGUACAUCAUCAGGCAGCAAGAGGAGAGGAAGAAGAAGCAGAAUGAAGAGAAGAAAGCACAAAAGGAGGCAACAGAACAGAAGAACAAAAGGCUCCAAGAGCUCUACAGAAAGCAGAAGGAGGCUGUUACUAAAGUGAAGAAUGUGCCUCCUCCUGAGCCUUCAGCAGCCAAACGGUUACAGGAAACCUAUUCCAAACUCUUGCUGGAACGAACGCUGUUAGAAGAGCCACCUCAGCUGCCUGCAGUGCAGGAAACACAGCCCAGACCUGGUUAUCAACCAUCUGGGGAAUCUGAUAAAGAAAACAAGGCUCAGGAGCGUCCUCCGAGUGCAUCUUCCAGCAGUGACAUGUCCCUUUCGGAACCGCAGCAGCCACUCCUGAGGAGCGAUUUGAUGGAGCCUCCAUGGGUACAGCCAGACAGGUUGAGCCCAAGAGUCCAGCUCCCCUACCCACAAGCUCUCUUGGGCUCAAGUGGACGCCCUUGUUCCCAGCACUGGAGUCUGGAGCAGGUGGACCUUCUGUCAAAGGAGUGUGACGCGAUGUUGGCAGGCAGGAGGAUCCAUUCUGCCCCUGUGGGGUCCCUGGUGCCUCAGUCAUACCUGAAUUCAUCUGCUGCACAGGAAAACCUCUUAGUGAAACCUACUGCCAGCCAGUAUAAGAGCAAAUUAGAUCGCCUUGAAGCUUUGAAAGCUACAGCUGCUUCCCUUUCUAGCAGGAUUGAAACUGAAGCCAAGAAGUUGGCUGGCGCUGGUAUCAACUAUGGUACCAUGUGGAACUCAGAAUUUAUGCAAGAAAACCAGGAUGAUGGACGGUGGGCAAAGGCUGUGAGUCCUCCUGUGAGAGAGGAAAAUGAAAAUACUUUUUCAGCCAGAAUUCAAAGAAUGUUGAGUGCCUGCGUGUCUCAUACAGCCUUUGAUGACAACCUUCCUGGGGUAGGCAACCUUAGUGAGUUUAAAAAGCUCCCUGAGACCAUCAGGCCUCUUACUGACGUAGUCAGCCUUGGAUUGAGGUCUCCUGCUGCUAACAGGCAUGAAGGGAUCCUAGGACAUUUGUCCAAGAGACAGACGGACUCCCCAGGGCGUGAGAACCAGGCGUAUCCACUGACCAAAGCCGUUACUCCUCGUGAGUCCAGCAUCGACUCCAUCAGCGAAGGGCCUCUCCUGAGUGAUGGAAACCUCUCGGAAGAGGAAGGAGGCCAGCACAAGCAGCUGCCACUGAAGAUGCUGGAGACAUUAAAAGAGAAGGAUUUCUGCAUUCGGGAGAGAAAUGCUUUUGAGCCCAUAAAGGAGUUCCAGAAAGCAGCUGAGAGGUACUCGCCGCUUUUCACUCAGACAAAUGACACACACAGCAAGGAGCCCUGGGAGGAACUGGCAAAGGGAAGUCCCCACAGUGUCAUCAACAUCUUUGCAAAAAAUUAUCAGCUUCAUGGAAAAGUGUUUGAAGAAAGGCUGAACGGAGGCUCUGCCCUUCUGCGCCCUUUGCUCCCUACCAUGAGCCCUCCGGAGAGCGUGGCUUCUUACGAAGAUGAUUUUGUCUCAUCACAGGGCAGUAGCACUUUAACAGACAAAAAGAUCUCACGUGACUUCAGUGUUGCUGGCAGCAGUAAUUCAAGCAUUCAGGAAGAAAUUCCAAGUAGGAAGUCUCCCUUCGAGCCUCUGUCUGUGGAGCUUGGUUUGCAGCACUCGUCUGGAGCUCAGUCUGCAGCGUCUUCCCGCUCAUCUGCCUCCUCUAAAAAGAGAGGAAAAAAGGAGCGGUUGGACUCUUUCAACGGAAGUUCUCAUCACUUUUCUGUGGAAGAAGAUAAAAUACUGUCUGGAUUAGAGUGGGGAUCCCAACAGGCUAAGAAAUCCUUAUCGAGUAGCAGAAUUUCUAGUAAAGAGCAUGAGCAGAACCCAGAUACAGACAGCACACUGGAAAACUUGUCUGGACACUCCCUGAUGAGUUUCUCAGACAAGGGAAGACCCCAGAAGACACCGACUUCUUCCCCAUCUCCUGGCUCCCAAAAAAUGUUGCAGUUUGAUUCUGUAGGAAAUACAGCAGAAAGAGUCAAGUCACCUGCUGGCUUUUCUGGAGGUACAGCCCCAGGGCUGAAGCCAACCGUAGCCUUCCCUGACAUGGGCCUGGGAUCCAGCAGGUGUGCAGCAGGAGCGGCCUCAGCAGGCGGAGGAAUGCGCUUCUCCCCCGCGGGGCUGCAGCAGCGUUUGUCAGCAGAGCUGAACUACCUGAGCGCUAUCGAGGAGUCUGUGCGGCAGCUCUCGGAUCUGGAGCGAGUACGAGGCAUUUCACUUGCCCAGCAGGAGAGUGUUUCUUUGGCUCAGAUUCUGAAGGCACAACAGCAGCGCCAUGAACGGGACUUGGCUCUUUGGAAAAUCAAGGCUGAACAAGAAGCUUUAGAAAGUCAGAGGCAACUGGAAGAGGCGAGGCAGAAGGCAGCUCAGGUCCAUGCAGAGUCACUGCAGCAGCUGGUCCAGCCAUGGCAGGAGGCUGGACAGGAGCCCCUGUGCAAGGCUGCAGCCAAGCAGGCAGAACCUGCACUGCUCAAUACAGAUGCAACUCACCAGCUCCGUGAGAUGACAGAAUUAACACGGACGCAGAUCUCGGACACUGUCAGUGCCCCAGCUGCUCCUGUCACCACCUUGUUUGACCAGCAGCGGCAGCACCAUUCAGAGUUCCUGAAGCAGCUGAGGGCCCGAGCUGAUACAAACAGGAAAUGUGAGUCCGGUGCCAUAUCACAAGGUAAAGGCGAGACAGGUGACUCGAAACAGACAUACUCACCAAUGUUCGAUAGUUACUCUGAGUCCUCAAGAUCAAAGGUUCAUGAUCAGAGUAAUACCAGCAGCCGCCAGGAGAGUCCUUCCGUUCCGUCUUCUAAGGAGAACGAGAAGAAGCUUUCCCGUCGUGAGAAGACAGCCAGCAGCAUUGAAGAGCAGGCUCAGACUGCUGCAGAUGAUUCCUUGCCCAGUGACAGUGUUUUGUCCCUGCCAGACGAAAAAGAUUCCGCUUCUGUUGCAACAGAGUACUCCCUGAAAUUUGAUGAGUCCAUGACAGAGGAUGAGAUUGAAGAAAAAUCUUUUCGGUCUUUGCUGCCCUCUGAGAGUCAUCGCAGAAAUAACCUGGAGAAGAAGCGGGGCAGUCGUGACGAUUCUGAUGAGGACGUGUCCCCAGACAAAACAGCUCUGUCAUCUAUCAAGGAGCUAAGCAUGCCAUUCUCAGGGGGGCAGGAUAGCUUCUCUAAGUUUACCAUGGAGAUGGUAAGACAGUACAUGAAAGAGGAGGAAAUGCGAGCAGCUCAUCAGUCCUCGCUGCUCCGGCUCCGGGAGAAGGCUCUCAAGGAGAAGACCAAGGCAGAACUGGCUUGGCUGGAACACCAGAAAAAGCAUUUGCGAGACAAGGGAGAGGAUGAUAAGAUGCCUCCUAUUCGAAAGAGGCAGCGUGGUCUGCUGCUGAGAUUACAGCAGGAAAAGGCAGAAAUUAAGCGUCUUCAGGAGGCAAACAAGGCUGCUCGGAAGGAGAGGCAGCUCAUCCUGAAACAGCAGGCAGAAAUCGAGCGAAUCCGUCAGACUACAAUGAAACUGCAGGAAAAACUGAAGUCUGCAGGAGAAAACAAGCUGGAGCUUCCCAGCGAGGAUGACAUCAAGCAGAGCAAUGGUUCCAGCCCACUUCCAACUGAUGCAGAAACACGCAGCCCUUCCCCAAUCUCCAUCUCCAGCAGUGAGACCAGCAGCAUCAUGCAGAAACUUAAAAAAAUGCGCAGCAGAAUGGAUGAAAAACACUGCUCUCCUGUUCACUACUUCUUCUCUGUCUUUACGUCUCACCACUGGGCCUCUCUCAGUGUCUGUUUUCCCAACCUCCAUCCCAAAUUCCAGCUGUAUAUCUACAACCAAUUGGUCAGGUUCCUCACUAAGCGGGAGCAGAAGCUGAUGCAGCGCCGCCAGCACGCGGAGGAGCUGCUGGAGUGGAAACGCCGCCUGGAUGCGGAGGAGGCAGAAAUACGGCGGAUGGAAAAGCAGGCUCUGGCUGCCUGGGACAAAGAGCUGCUCAAAACCAAAAUACCCAAGAAAGAGCUGGGGGAUCAGAGAACUGAGCCCAAAGAAACAGCUAGUGAGGAAGAGUCUCCAGUGCCUUCUUGCUCUCAUCUGAAUAGUGAAAGCUCUAUCCCAGAAGAUCUUGGCAGUCUGGCUGCUGAGUCUGUCCCGUCAGAGCCCAUGGGCCAUGAACAGCCAGAAAGCCCAGAUCAGAGUACAAUUAAUGAAGAAAUGGCUUAUUCUGAAGAGUUCAAGUCCUCUUCCUCGCCUGGCAAACUGUCUCCUCCCAAAAGCAGCAUAUCUGUAUCAAAGCAAGACUCCAGCAAAGGCAGCCACAGAACUGGAGGACAGCUACGUUCACCUGUGAAGUCUCAUCAGACGUCUCACAACUGGUCUGAUGAAUCUUUAUCUAUGACACAGUCAGAAACCACCUCUGAUCAAAGUGACAUCGAAGGACGCAUCAGGGCCCUGAAGGAUGAGCUACGGAAAAGGAAAUCUGUGGUUUACCAGCUGAAAAAGGAGCAGAAAAAGAGACAGAAGGAGAGACUGAAGGCCCAGGAAGCCAGUUUGAUCAAACAGCUGGAGUCGUAUGAUGAGUUUAUCAAGAAGACUGAAGCAGAGUUGAGCCGAGAUCUGGAGGCAUCACCAACAGCCAAACCUCAGAUUAAAACUCCAUCCUCAGCUGCUGCUGAAAAACCUAAGAUCAAGGCACCACCACUCCAUAGGCCUGAGACAGCUAAAAACUGGAAAUCACUCACUGAAUCAGAGAGAUCCAGAGCAUCUUUGGAAUCCAUUUCAGAACAUGCAGAUGCUGUGUCAUCAAGAACUGAGAGAUCUGUGUCUGUGCACACCAAGAAGGUGCCUGUGACAGCUGUUCAUGCAGGAGAACCUUCUGGAACAGCUUCCUUGGGUUUAGUGUUACCAAAGAGUUCCAGAGCAGAAUCUGGUGGUUCCUCAGACAGUGUCCCCUCUCCAGCUCUUCUCAAAGACAUGAAAGACAUUAGCAGGAUAUCCCUUGAGUCAGUGAACAAAGUGGUAAAUGCAUCCAGUGUUGGUCCUACCAUUAGUCAUAAAUCUGAGAUUACAGAAGACCUGGAAUACAUAAAGUCAGAGGAAUAUGAGAGUGGAGGUUCUUAUGUUAAGCCUUUGGAGAGUUCUGACAUCUUGCUGACAUUAGAUAAAGGACAGGAGAGUCCACUGGCUCUCUUCUCUGAAAACAAACACUCUCAAAAGGAACUGUUUGAUGUGGCUGUGGAAAGUCUUCAGGAUACAGAAGAAAUCUUAGAACAGAGACGGUCAGAUAAAGAUGCCAUAGGUGGCCCAAGCGUAGAGGAGGCUUCUCACAAACUCAGCAAGUCUGCAGAGGAAAAAGGUGAUCUGCUUUCAGAACAGCUCUUUAGUCAAAAAGAGCCAUCGUACCUUGAGGACUUUGAAGGAUCCUCUUCGAGAAAACAAGCUUCAGCUGAAGAAAUGCUGCCUGAGGAGCGCUACAAAGAUGACUUUGAAGGAUCCCUGCUCUCAGCUAAUGGGGAGUCCCUGAGGGAGCAGUCCCAGCACAGCCAGGCCAGCCGAAGCAGAUCCACCAGCCUGGGCAGCGAUGGUGAAAUCAGUGAGUGCCUCAGUGACAGGUCUCUCUCGGGCAGCAUGCACUCAGAGAGGCUGCUGGAACUCAAGUCCCCAACAGAACUUAUGAAAAAUACUGAACGCAGAGGUGCGGAGCGAGAACAGGCUCCUACUUGCUCACCACUGUGGGCCUCAGCUUCAAUCCCAGAAGAAACAGAUAGUUUGUCCAAUUUCAACAUUGGAGAUAGAGUACUUGUGAGUAAAGUCCAGCCUGGAACACUGCGGUUCAAAGGGCUGACUAAAUUUGCCAAAGGGUUUUGGGCUGGUGUGGAAUUGGAUAAACCUGAAGGGAAUAAUAAUGGAACUUAUGAUGAUAUUAAAUAUUUUGAUUGCAGAGAAAAGCAUGGUAUUUUUGCUCCUCCUCAAAAAAUCUCUCACAUUACAGAAAUUAUUGAUAGCCAUUUAGACACAAAUAAGGAUGAUGAAGACUCAUUCUUUGAUGAUAGACUGGAGAAACAACACAAAGCUGAGCAGAAAGAUAGAGAAAGCUCCAAACCGGGCAAAGAAGCUGAAAGCCAGAGCAGAAACGCAACAGAGAAUUAUUCCCAGGAUAAAGCUCCUAUGGACACAGCUGUCUCAGAAGCCUCAGCUGAGGAAAGGGUUGAUGAGGAGUUGUCAUCUAAAGCAAACAGCAUAAAGGAAAUUUCUGUAGCUACUGGUUCACUUGCCCAAGAACAGUCAGUGGUGGAUUACCUGAAGGAUGCUGUAAAAGAGGAGGCCAGCCACACUCCUCUCAGUUCUAGUGUUGUGGAUGAGAUUUCUACUGUUCAGUUGGAUGACAUGUCAGAUUUCCUUUCUGAAAAACUGGAGAGGCAGAAGACACUGGGAGAAGAAUGUGCUGAAAGGUUAGAUGAUCUCUCUCCUGGUGUUGUGGAGAAGCCUGCAACUCCACUGCUGGAUUUGCUGACAAAAGAAAAGAACCAGUUAGAAGCACAGCUCAGCCUGCCUCUUAGAGAGCAAGAAAAGUCAAAAGACCAACUGGAAAAGGUCAGUUUGCUGACAGACAGUCUACUUAGAGAUUUUGUGAAAGACACAGUCAAUCAGCUACAGCAAAUAAAGAAGAUCAAGAAUGAGAAAAUCCAGCUCAGCAACCAGGAGCUCUGUGAUGCGAAGGAGGAAGCCAGUACCCCACCCCAGCAGGCUGAAAAACAGAUUCCAGACGGACUGAAUAACUUCUUCCUAAGUUCUGAUUUGGAAGAUGACAGAGAAGAGCUUUCCUCUCCAGACAUGUGUCCCAGACCAGAGAGUCCAGUGUUUGGUGCCAGUGGCCAGGAAGAGCUUGCCAAGAGACUGGCAGAGCUGGAGCUCAACCGGGAGUUCCUGAGUGUGCUGGGAGAUGAUCAAGACUGGUUUGAUGAGGACUAUGGCCUGAGCUCCCGUAAGCUGCAGCAGAAGCAGGCUGAGGAGCCGGCAGUGCUGCCCCAGGCAGAGCCGCAGAAAGUGCCGCCAAAGCCGAGCGAGGAGCCCCUGGCAGUGCCUCACACUGCGGUGGAGGUGGAAGGAAUGGUGCACGCAGCAGCCGAGGAACUCUGGAAACUGAAAGAGCUGGGUCACGAUCUUCAAAGCUGCAGCCUUAAAACAGAUCUUAGUGGCACCCUCCAAGAGCAGGACACAGACACCAUAAACAAGCAGGUUUAUAGAAAGGUGGUAUUUGACUUAACAAGAGAGAUAUUUGGGGAAAUCUUUGCUGAGGAUCCUAAUCUGAAUCAGCCCAUCUGGAUGAAACCAUGUAGGAUCGCAUCUGCUUAUUUUCGCCGAGUCAAAGAUCCAAACGAUCUGGAUGAAAUCAAGAACUUCAUUGCAGCUGAAGUACUGAAGUUGUUUAGCCUGAGGAAAGAGCCUAAUCACAAAACAGACUGGCAGAAGAUGAUGAAAUUUGGGCGGAAGAAACGAGACCGAGUGGAUCACAUACUGGUGCAGGAACUCCACGAGGAAGAAGCGCAAUGGGUGAACUACGACGAGGAUGAACUGUGUGUAAAGAUGCAGUUGGCAGACGGGAUCUUCGAGGCCUUAAUCAGAGACACCGUUGAUGUACUGAACCAGAUAAACGAGAAACAGCGGAGGCUGCUGCUUGUCUGACAGGGCUGAAGUGGGCUCAGAGGUGCCAACCACGGAGUCACGGGCCUCUCUGACUCCUGAGCUGCUCUCCUCCCUGCACGUGCUGCGGCUGGACUUCCACGCACGGGGUUCCCAGGCGGUUCAGAUGGGAUGAAAAGAACCUGAACUGGCUGCCGAGACCUCGCACCGGAUUUAUUGUUUGGAACAAGCUGAUCCCUCGCUUGGGGCUGCUUUGAGGAGUGCUCAAGACUGUUCAUGUGCCAAUGCAGUUAUGUCGCAUAACUGUCGGCGCCUGCCUGGGGCCCCGGCCUGGGGCUCUGACACAUUUGGCUUGUUCCUUGAACGGGUUGGGUUAAGUUGGGAUAUUGGCUGUUUUGCUGGAAUGGUGGUCAGCCAUCAGUACUCAGCUUGUCUUUUAGAAAUGUGAGUAAUUUGGAGAAGCAACAGUUUGGUCAGGUUUUGGUCAUAAACAGAGACUUACCAUACUGAACAGUGUUACAAUGGUAACACCUCUUCUCCUGCAGCCCUAACAAUGUGCAUCAGUUCCUUCUGCUUCAGAGCCCAUUUAAUUCACUUCUCUGUGAAGCUGGUUUUCAUCUUUCUUCUGUGAUGUGGUACCAAGCAUGGUGCCGGCCCAGUCCAGGGAAAUUAGAUGAUGUUGCUUCCUGCCUACAAGUAAAGAAUUCUUGCUGCUUUGCUCCGAGGUGGAGCAAGAUAAAGCCCACCUACUGUCAAGUGUGAAAGAUGAGCCCAUGGACAACUUUCCUCCUACCGUGUAGCACUUCUCUUCCCGGAGCAGCAGCUGCUCCCAGAUAAUGGAUACUCAGGAUUUUCUCAGGCACGAGACAUGCAGGAGUGGAAAAUAUUUCCUCACAAAAAUUUGGCCUUUAAUUCCUCAGCUUUCUCCCUUACUGUCACCUAAUGAAUUGGAGAAGCUGUUACUUGAACAGUUUAGAGAACAGAGUGUAUUCACCAAAGAAAGCGGUGUCUGGUGCUUGACUGUCUGCAUGUUUUGUGCUUGUGGAUUUUUUAUUUAUUUUCAGAUAAUUUAUUAAAUGGAUUGCAGGAGAGUGUCCUGUGCAGUUGGCUGCACUGUCCUGUGUUUUGAGACAGACAAACUUGAGAGAGUAUCUGGUUUGGAAACUUCCAGAGCCCCAUAUUCUUUGCACAAAACCUCCAGCUUCGUGAGGCAGAUACGAGGGCGGUGAAGGUAGGAAGAACCAAACCUCAGUGACCAAGGGUGGGAUGCAAAGACAGGACUAGGAGUGGAGUUUGAAAACCGAAGCACCUGGUUCAGAGACGAUGGAGAGUUCAGGGGGCUGAGCUGAAAAAUUGCAUGAAAAUUCCCAGCUCUUUCUGUUCCCUUCCUUUCCCAGAACUUCUACACCAUGUUAUGUGGUUGAUUUGGUGCUGGAUUCAUCUGCAGUGUCAUUCUGCUGAGUGCUGAUUCCUGACCUGUUCCUCCUGCUCUUGUGUUUUUCUUGGAGGAGCAUGGACAGUCUGGGGUCAAACGUUUAUGCCUUAAUAGUGGAUGUCCCUGUUUGCAAACCUGGGACAAGACCCAGAGGAAAGUCAGAUUCUCCAGGCACUGGAGUGUAGACAGACACUUUGAAGCCCUCAGAGGUGCCCCCCAAAGAUGCUGCAGCCCACAACAGGCACGGUGGGGAGAUCUCAGCUGUUUCAUUGAUCUGCUUGGUUCUUGGGCUUCCUGCUGUGCAUACCUCUGCUACUGCUCCAGUUUGGUUUCUCUUUUCCACCUUUUUUUUUUGGUUGGGUUGUUCAUUGUUUGGGAUUUUUUGAAAGCUAUCAUUGGAAUAUUUGCAUUUUGCACACAGCUGGUAAUUCUUCAGGGACAGUACUGGGAAAUGUUGGAUUUGCCAGAGGUCCGUGCAGAUUCUCAGAUGUUGUGUUGCCAGCACCUCACUUGCGAGUUAGUGGUGAGCCAUAUCCGUGGGAGCUCUAUGAGUGGAAGAACAAGGAGGAGGUAAUGGUGGACAGGGACACCUCCAGUGGGCAUAUGCAUGUCUGUCCCGCAGUAGUGGCCCUUCUGGCUGGCUGGAAGUCAAAUGGUCUUGGUGGAGCAUUGAUCAGCUUUUUUUCUCAAGUGAUUCAUUUGUUCAUGUAAAAUGUCAUGAUGCUGAACCAGGAAACCCUUGGAUGCUUAAGAGAGAAGCAAACUAAAGCUGCUAGAUUUAACCAGCAUGGUGUCACUGAUUGGGUCACCACCUCAGAUUCCCUUUCCUGGGUGUAUCUCUCUCAGUAGCAAGGAUUGCUAUUUUUAUAGGUAGCAAUUACGGAAAGAAGACAGAAACCUGCAGAGUAGGUUUGUACCUGGAGCAUCAGGUUAGGUUCUGUUCUGUAGAUACUGUGGCCAGUGUUGAGAAGGUUGUCCUGCAUCCCCGUGGCUUUUUGGUGUUCUGAGGGGCUCAUGGGGUGUUUCUGGUCUGUCCAGCAGCAGGGAGGAGGUUGUGCGGUCGGGCCUGACAAGGUAUCGGGGUGCUUUGGAGAUCGUGUGCCUGUCGUCUUCUGGCUGUAGCACCCUCCACAGAAGCACUAACUAUUUUUAACAGCUGUUUGGAUAGAAGGAAGCUGUGUCUAAGUAAUGGCUUUGUUCCUUUGCAGACAUCACUGAUUUUUUUUGGUAGCAAUCCUUGCUAGGAGCAACCCUAAAAUGACUUGAACGUACGUGAAUUACCUUCUCAAUACCUCACAUGUGGUGAGUUGCUUUGAGUUGAGUGUAUAUUCAAAACCUCGAGUGGGUUGAGUACUUGUGGACUGAUGAUUACUGCGGUGAAGCAAGGUUCAGACUAGGUUGGGCUGGUAGUGAGGAGAUAUGGGGAAGCCUGGGGUCCCACAAACAGGCUGAAUUCUCUGCUUUUCCCCCAACCUUCCCUUUGUAAGAACAAGAUGAUAUUUCUGCGUCCUGCAUCUCGGUGUAACCACAUAAGAAGAUUCAAGGCUGGGACAUUUUGCUGAGACCCGUGAGCUGUUUGGGGCAGCGCUGUCAUCACUGGGGACAUACUGUUCCAUCUUUUCCAUCUUUGGAAGGAUCUCAGAGGCAAGUGGGAAAGCCCAGGCAUGUGGGAACACGGAGUGCGAGUACCUCUCUAGCAGCAGGACGCUCUGUGAGCCGAGCCCUGGAAUAUCAGUAUGUCUGCCUUUCAGAAAAGGCUUGUUGCUCACAGGGUGGAAUGAGGGAUUGAAAAAUCCCAUCUUGUUCCCUUUCCUUUCUUGAAAAAGUGGCCUUAGCUUUUUGCAAUACUUGAAUAAGUGUGUACCUGCAGAAGACCUUCAGUAGCACAGUGACAGAGACCUUUUAAAUGACUAUUCUGCAAGGAACUGUGUGCAGUUCCCACUUUCGUAUCUCUUUGCUACCUUAAGAAUAUUAGGAAAACAAAGUACUUUUCAGCAGACAAACAGUUGAAUCUUACAAGGUAUUUAGUGCAUCUGAAGUGUUUACAAACCAACUAAAAUGGAGAAAAGCAAACUAUUGAACUUAUUUGUAAUUUAAGCGUUAAAUGCAAAAUUAUAUACAGAUGGAAAAGGAAUACUGUAAUUAACCUGCAUUUACUAGGUUUUUUUCCUUGAUUUUGCGGAGCCUUUUGAUACACAUUUGCAAAGCCACCUUUUGGGGGGGUCGGUCUCCCAGUGUACUGUGUUGUGGAGAUGCUGAAAAGAAACCCGUUUACUGUGUGUCUGUAAAUAACCUGGUAACGUGGGGUUUGGGCCAGUUUCAGCUCAUGUUCACAUCCACAGCAGCUUUGCACAGUAGACAGACCCAAGGAUGUGGAGGAGUUAGGGAGGUUUUUUUGUAAUUAAGAACUGUAAAAUAACCAGGGUGGUCCCUGUGUACACCAGUGUAAAUAUCUUUGGUAACUGAAAUGUACUUUAAGAGAACAAAAUCUGUAAAUAAACUGAUUUAUAAAUUAA